UUCGCUGCUUCACGCCACCCCCGCCCUAUUUCUCUUCCUCUCCCUCACUUCUCUUCGAGCGAUGAGAGCAGGAGUCGGCUUCCUCUCCUCAUCCGCCGGUUUCCUUACCGCUGAUCUCUUCCCCUCUUCUCACCUCCCUCUCAAACCAAUCCUCUUCCCCUCCACCAAUCCUAAUCGGAUCGCGGUGAAGACGCCGCCGCCACCGCCGACUCGCCGGCCCCUCACCGCUGCCUUCUCCGCCAUGGCGUCCGCCUCCAAGCCCAAGGAAGCUAGGGUUCCGCCUGCCCUCCAGCUUCUCACUCCGCCCGUCUCCAAGUUUAAGAUCGCUCUUUGCCAAUUGGCGGUGACUGCGGACAAGGAGAGGAACAUCGCCCAUGCUCGCAAGGCGAUCGAGGAGGCCGCUGGAAAGGGGGCAAAGCUCGUCCUCUUGCCUGAAAUAUGGAAUAGUCCCUACUCCAAUGAUAGCUUUCCAGUGUAUGCUGAGGAUAUUGAAGCUGGUGGUGAUGCAGCUCCCUCUUUUUCAAUGCUGUCGGAAGUUGCUCGGAAUCUGCAGAUUACAAUUGUUGGUGGAUCUAUACCAGAACGCUCGGGUGAUUGUUUGUACAACACAUGCUGUGUCUUUGGUGCAGAUGGGAAGCUCAAGGGCAAACACAGGAAGAUACAUCUUUUUGACAUUGAUAUUCCAGGAAAGAUUACCUUCAAGGAAUCAAAGACUCUUACUGCUGGGCAGCAUCCUACCAUUGUAGAUACAGAUGUAGGACGUAUUGGCAUAGGUAUUUGUUAUGACAUCCGUUUUCAGGAACUAGCAAUGUUAUAUGCAGCAAGAGGUGCUCAUUUGCUGUGCUAUCCUGGGGCAUUUAAUAUGACUACUGGUCCCCUGCAUUGGGAAUUGCUACAAAGGGCAAGGGCUGCUGAUAAUCAGUUAUUUGUGGCUACUUGUUCACCUGCUCGCGAUAGUAGUUCUAGUUACGUUGCUUGGGGUCAUUCCACACUUGUUGGACCGUUCGGAGAAGUGAUUGCAACCACCGAGCAUGAGGAGGCAAUCAUUGUUGAUGAGAUUGAUUAUUCAUUAAUUGAGCUUAGAAGGUCAAACCUUCCACUUGAAAAGCAACGUCGUGGGGAUCUGUAUCAGUUGGUAGAUGUCCAGAGGCUGAAUUCUGAGUAGACAAAAAGGUGGGCAUGGCUGUUUCACUGGUGAAUUACUCACCAUGUCCUUGUCAAUGCUGAGAAAUGCUUCAAUCAGAUGAGCUGUCUGUUUGGACUUUUGUGAGGGCAUUUAAUGGAUCCUAUAAAAUAUCUAGUGCCCUUUCAUACCUAGAAUCUGGAAGGCUUAUCUGUCCAUGGAUCGAUGUUGUAUUCAACACUGUAUUCAAUAAUGUUGCGAUCAUUGAGCAAUUUCUUUACUAAA